GAAGGGAAAGUACAGAGGGUCACGAUGGGAGCUUCACGGGGGAGAAACAGAAAGCGCCAGCUCAAUGGACACUCUGCCAGAAUUUGGGUGAACUUGGAUUCCUGAUGUCCAAGGUUUAGGGUGGCUCCGGGGUGCUACCCACGCCAUGCACAGAGAGAUAGAAGAAACUCUCAGAUUUAAUAAGAAAUGGAAACUUUCCGGAAUACAGAAGAUCCAUUAUAAUACUGUAGAAACUAUCCUGGGAGGCUUUGGCACAAUCCCUGGCAAGCUGAUCUGGCCUAACAGUCUCACCACUACUCCAGAUGGUGACUUGGUAGUGAAAGAUAGUGGCACGGGACACAUCCAAGUCUACAGUGCUAAUGGCCAACAUAAGAAUAGGUUUCCUUAUGGACCAGAACCAAUAAAGGGUCUGGGCGACAUCACCUGCAUGAAGAAUGGUGUCUUACUUGUGACUAGUGGAACCAAAAUCAUCCAGCUCUUCACCAGAGAUGGUGAAUUGAUCCAUGAGCUGAAAUCUCCCAAAGUUAACUGGCCUCAUUCGUAUGGAAUAGAAGUCUUGCAGCCCAACAGGAUAGCGGUAUCAGACUGGACCAAUGGAGGAAAAAUUAACAUCAUCGGGGUGGACUGGAGGAUGAACGCCAUCCUGAAAACCCAAUCCAUUGAAGGAUUCCACCGGCCAGUGCGAGUGGCUGUCAAUAAGAAUGACGAGCUGUUAGUCACAGAAGGCCAGCUUUUUGGACGAUUCCAGGGUUGCUGCAUCAAAGUGAUCGACAAGGAGCGUAGUGUGAAGCAGACCAUCGGGCCUCAUUAUGGGAAAAAAUUCACUUUUGAAAACCCCUCUGGAGUCUGUGUGGACUUUCAUGGAAAUGUCCUUGUGUCUGAUGAAGCACAAAACUGCAUCGUGAUGUUUAAUCCGGACUCUUCCCUGAGUGCUGUUGUGGUGAGCCAAGGCUUGCAAGGCCCCAGCGGCCUCUGCAUGAUGGAACAUGGGCUGGUUGCAGUUGCUGACUGCUACAACCACUGUGUUAAAAUCUAUAGGUACAAAUAAGCUCUGCAAAAACUUGGUGUAGCAAGCAAAUAAAACACUGAUCAACACA